GGCAAGCAGGAAGCGAGUGAGUUAGGGUCCGAAGAUUAACCAGAGAGUCAGAGGAAUCGACAACUUUACUUCCGACAGCGGUUCGAGAGAAACGUGUAAUUUAAUAUCGAGUUUCACGGCUCUCUGUGUGCGCGGCGAGAAUCUAUAUCCGGACUUCAAAGCGCUUGGCGAACUUUCCGCCAAGACCACGGGGAAAGUUUGCGCGGACAUUUAAUUGAAGAGUGUAUCCAGUGCGCGCUGCAAAUGCUAUUUGCAUUUCAAACGAACCGGUCUAAUGACACGUUUAUUUGCUUGCAUAAAUCAUGCCUGGACCUGGAGAGGGACCGAGAUGCGCGCGAAUUGCAACUGUCGAGAAACAGUUUCGGAACUUUAGCGCAUGAAUAGGAAGAGUAACGAUGAUCAGGCAGAGAUUAAAAAAAAAGACGUAUCCAUAGAGUAUUACAUUUCGGACUUGCUCGUAAUUCUUGGAUAUGCCCGGAUUUGGCCCGUCGACUUUUCGCUAUGUAAAAUGUUGUUUUCGACCGGAGUAAUAAUUAUUCUUAUUUCGGCAAAUUCUCUGAUCCUACUCGCGGAAAUUGUGCAACUUACAAUGAUAAACGAUCUGAAAUUAUUUGCCAAUAUUAUCGGAGUAAUCUGCUUGCAUUUGGCGGGCUUAAUAAAAUGGUGCUACUGUAUAAAAGGAAAUCGCCAGAUCGUCGAUAUUGCGAUAAAGCUGGAAAAAUGCCACGUACUUUGCCAACAAAUCGAUAAUAGCAAAGAAGGAUGUCGAAUGUAUAGGAAUGAAAUGGAAUACGCACGUCGAUGUUCCAGUUACUUCAUAUAUGGAUGGGCAUGUCCAUGUAUUUAUGGUGUUCUGCAUUGGUGUACCAAUCCAUUUCUCCUAGGGACUUGGGCAUUAAAGCAAAUGAAUUCAACAAAUCAUACGUUUAUCAAAAGAAGUUUGCCGUAUAUCGGAUGGUAUCCUUUGAACACCGAUGAUAUUUAUAAUUAUAUUUAUCUGUAUGUUAUGCAGGUAAUCGGCGGAUUAUCUUCUGUGUUUGGAAAUAUUUUCUAUGAUACUUUUUACGUUACCAUGCUAAUGAUCGUCUGUGCACAAUUUCAAUAUAUCAAUACGGCAUUGCAAAGAAUCAAUUUUGAUAACAAUGUGCCAGAAGCAAUGUUUAUUCUCGAGAGAAAGUUAAAGAAUUGUGUGGAUUGUCAUGCAGAGAUUAUAAAAUUUUUAAAGACAUUGCAAACUUUUUGCGGUCCGGCAAUGUUCAUGCAAUGUGUCGAAACAUUAGUUCUUCUUUGUUUAGUUUCAUUCGAAGCAUCAACGAUUAAAAUAGCGAUUGACAAGGAGUCUAUCUUCAAAUUAUGGUCCCUGCUCGAAUAUUUUUUAUCAGCUAGCAUUCAAUUAUAUGUCUUCUGUUUUUUUGCCACUCAACUCAAAUAUUUGGGCUUGCAAAUUGCGUAUUCAGUAUAUUUCUGCGGAUGGGAGUUUAUAAUUUUUAAUGAGAGAAAAGAUCAAUCGAAAAACAAUAUCGGAAAACAAUUAAAACUUUGCAAUAUUGAUCGAUUGGUGCAAAUGAUUAUGGUGCGAGCACAGGAACCGAUUAUUUUAACCGGAGGUCCAUUUUACGUCCUUUCGUUGGAAACUUUUAGAGUUAUAAUUAGUUUGGCAAUGUCAAAUUCUGUAAUGCUACGUACAAUCUCUGAUACGAUGUUAGAUGAAUGAGCUAAAAUUAAUAGACAUUUAUAUAUGUAUAUCUUCUU